UUUUUUUUUUUUUUUUUUUUUUUUUUUGGGCAGACUUUUUGGGUCAUGUUGUAGGUAAAGAAACUUAUUGUAUCGUCUCUCUUAUUCAUGGUUUGAUCAUACACACAGUAGAAACUGCAACUUACUUUUCUUCCACUUUAUACCUCUACCUGCAAUUGUUGAUUAAUGGCGGAAUUGGUGGGUCCACGGUUGUACAGCUGUUGUAAUUGUCGAAACCAUGUUUCUCUUCAUGAUGAUAUUAUUUCCAAGGCUUUUCAGGGAAGACAUGGCCGAGCAUUUCUGUUCUCCCACGCCAUGAACAUUGUUGUGGGACCUAAAGAAGAUAGGCAUCUCAUUACUGGUCUCCACACCGUAGCUGAUAUCUAUUGCGCUGAUUGCCGUGAGGUUUUGGGUUGGAAGUAUAAGCGAGCUUAUGAGGCUUCUCAGAAGUACAAGGAAGGGAAAUUCAUAUUUGAGAAGUCAAAAAUUGUUAAGGAAAAUUGGUAGCAACUUACUAGGAUGAUCCUUUGAUUUAUAUUCUUCACAGUUUGUCAAUUGUUGAGCAUAUAAUGCUUCGUAAUGGUUGUCUUGUACAUAAAUUCAUUGUGGAAUUGAAAUUUGUCAUUGUUUCUCAUUGUGUCAUAUCCGAGAAGAAGGUGUACAAAUUGUUAAUUUUUCUGUUAAUAAAAUUAAUUUUUCUAUUUCAGUUCUA